CCCGGGUUUGGGGCCCUGAGGAACCUCUGGGAACCCAGUCUGGUCUCCAGGCUGCUGGUGGGAGGGCGGGAGGAGGGGCUUUCCCAACCUUCUGGGGGUAGGCAAGGCAGAGCAGAGCAGGGACCACUAGGACCUUCUAGGAUGUGGGAGGCACAAGGGUCCAACCUACAUGCCUGGGGAGGGUGACAGACCACACAGAGUGCUCCAGGGACCCUCUCGGGACAGCCCCUGGGGGUUUCCAAGGCUGAAGAUCUUUACAGGAGCAGCCAGCCUCGUCUUUCUCCCUCGGAGUGGCAGGGAUCCUGAAGCUCCGCCACAUCUGGAACCUGAAGUUGAUGCGUUGGUGAGGAGGAAUGGGUCCUACCUGCCUGCCCAGAUUCACUUCCUCCUGCUCUGCCCAGGAGGCGGUGUCCAGCAAUCCAGGCAGAGCACAGGGUGGGGCCCCAAAGGCCCUCCCCGUGUGCCAGGCACCACAGGGGCCGCGUGGGUCCCGGACAACAACCUCUGCCCUCUACAGGACCCCUGCUGCCGCCGACAUCUGCUUCACCACAGAGCUACACUCCCGGUUCUUCAGCCUGGGCAAGUGUGUGCCCGUGUGUCGAGGUCAGCCGCAUCCUGUCUGGGUCACCCAAAGGGGGACGGCGUCUAUCAGAGGGGGAUGGACUUCAUUUUGGAGAAGCUCAACCACGGGGACUGGGUGCAUAUCUUUCCUGAAGGGAAAGUGAACAUGAGUGCUGAGUUCCUGCGCUUCAAGUGGGGAAUUGGGCGCCUGGUUGCUGAAUGUCAUCUCGACCCUAUCAUCCUUCCACUGUGGCAUGUUGGGAUGAAUGACGUCCUUCCUAACCGCUCACCCUACUUCCCCCGCUUUGGUCAAAGGAUCACCGUGCUCAUUGGCAAGCCCUUCAGCGCCCUGCCUGUGCUAGAGCGGCUGCGGGCCGAGAACAAGUCAGCUGUGGAGAUGCGCAAAGCCCUGACCGAUUUCAUCCAGGAGGAGUUCCAGCGCCUGAAGACCCAGGCAGAGCAGCUCCACAACCAUUUGCAGCCCUUGAGAUGAGGUGCCUGGACCCACAACCAGGCAGCGCAGCCCCAGCGCAGCCUCCUCAGCUGCUUCCCCACGUUGGCAGGAAGGGCGGAGUCACUUAGACACAGCCGUCUGCUUUUGUUCAGGUGUUCCCUCUGAGGGGACCUGGAUCUCCCUGCCUUGGCCUGGAUCCCACGACCAGCUGGUCGGAAAGCAGCUUCCCAUGUCCUCAGGGAUGCUGACUCAUUAAGUCUUCCUUCUCUGCCUGCUCCAGGGCCAUGCCAUGCCACACCCCCACCGCCCACGACCAUUGUCCUGUAUCCCCCACAGCAUCUGAGGCUGGGGGUGGAGGGGGGUGGUUAGGAGGGUGAUUUUUAUCCGGUUUUGGACAAUAAAGUGUCUAUGUUGUGCUGUU